CUCGAUUGCAUCUAUGCGAUAGUAAAUAAAGAAACAUUCGCUGGCCGAUAUGACUUCUCUCGCCCUGGGCCAUCUGCCCUCACUGUGGCGACAGCACCUGCUUUCGGAAUUCGCCGGUUUGAAGCAGGCCUGUCCCGAAGGAGUGUUUGUGAGCUUGACUCCCGGGGAUCCAUCGCUUUGGUCAGCGGUGCUUUUCGUCCGCCAUGGCCCCUAUGCCCCGGCUGUUCUUCGAUUCCAAAUCUUGUUCCCCGAUGCCUACCCUCGAGCUCCACCACUGGUCACCUUUUCGACUGAUAUCUUUCAUCCUCUCAUCACACCUCUGACAACACACAUGUAUCCCACGAGUGUUGAGAAUGAUGGGAGCACUGCAGAGAGACCGAGGCUACCCCCCGGAGGCUUCAGCUUGGAGCACGGCUUUCCAGAGUGGUUUGGUGGUUCCGAACGACUGGCAGCUGGAAGUCGCCACGGCAGCCGUGAGCGAAGGGGUGCAUCGCCAUCAGCAUCGUCUACAAAGUCAGCGAAGUCCACAGGCGACAAGCCACCAUUGGUGCCUCCCAAAGACGACGUGCCGCGGUACAUGCAGACAGAUCGGAGGACUAUAUCAACAUACUCUCUGCUAAAGUAUAUUCGAAACACGUUUGUUAAAGGCGAGGUCCUUGAUACAGUACCACUCGCUGCGGCUGGAAACCCUGGAGCUUGGCAUGCGUGGCGCACACAUAGGCGCAAACAAAGAAAGGCGCUUGACGAAAACAUUAAGACUUCUCAAUCCACCAUGGCUCGAGAGCCCGGAGAGUGGAAUUGGGAUGGCGUGUGGGAGGACAGAGUGAAGAAGGGCGUGGCAUCCACCUUGACCGAGUCGGUACUAUACGGCGCAUCAGGGAUUUCCGACGAUAUGGUACGUUGUUCAACUGUCGUUGUGAUUUAUGUCUCUUGUCCAGCAAUGUCACGCUAA